CACAGAGGAGCUAACUCACUCCAAACCCCACGUCUUUUGCCCUACUCUUUUUCUUCCCACUUAACUUGGAGUCGGAGAAGCCAAAUUUUACACCAUAUUCUCUAAGAUUUUAUUCACCUGCCGUAUUCGCUCGUUCUCCACAAUCACUUUUUUCUAAGAAAUUGACAAAAAGGAUGCUUCUUUCUGGCGGUCUCAUUCAACCUCGCUACCACCAGGGCUGUAAAAACGCGCAGCUCUCAUUCCUGAAGCCUCUCAAUCAAAAGCUUGAAUUCCACUCCCAGUUUGAUUAUUUUCCAGGAAAACCUUUAAACUUCUCAGGAGGGAAAUCAAGAUUAUUUGUUAGCAAACGUCUGUCAGAGAAUAUCUCAGAAUCAGUUAGGCCCGAGGCAUUUCAUUGUAAUGCAUCUGAGUCGUCUGAGAUAUCGACGCCAAAGGGAAAUUCUUUUGUGACAGUUUUGAGGGAUGCAAAUUCCUACCUGCCACAUGUGGUUCUUGGUAGUACAAUUUUGGCUCUUGUCUAUCCACCUUCUUUCACAUGGUUCACGAGCAGGUACUACGCCCCGGCAUUGGGGUUUUUGAUGUUUGCAGUUGGAGUAAAUUCAAAUGAGAAGGAUUUCGUAGAAGCCCUGAAUAGACCUGCAGCCAUUUUAGCAGGUUAUAUUGGUCAAUUUGUUAUGAAGCCCCUCCUGGGGUAUCUAUUUGGUACACUUGCAAUAACCGCGCUUGGUCUACCAACUUCCUUAGGGGCAGGGAUAAUGUUGACUUCAUGUGUGAGUGGGGCACAACUGUCCAAUUACGCCACAUAUCUAACGGAUCCAUCAAUGGCCCCCCUUAGUAUUGUGAUGACUUCAUUGUCUACGGCAACUGCAGUCCUUGUCACACCGUUGUUAUCAUUGUUGCUGAUUGGGAAAAGGCUGCCCGUUGAUGUUAGAGGAAUGAUUUCCAAUAUUACACAGAUCGUGGUCGCACCUAUUGCUGCCGGCUUGCUUCUCAAAAGAUUGUUUCCCAAGACUUGUAGUGCGAUUAGGCCGCUUUUGCCCCCACUGUCAGUUUUUGUGACUUCUCUAUGUGUUGGAGCUCCACUUGCCAUCAACAUACAGUCUGUUGUUUCCCCUUCUGGGUUAUCUGUUUUGUUGCUCGUGGUAGCCUUUCAUUUGUCAGCUUUUGUUUGCGGAUACGCUCUUGGAGGUGCUGCAGCCUUUCCCCAUGCUCCAGAUGUUAAAGCAGCUCUGCAGAGAACACUCGCCUAUGAAACAGGAAUGCAGAGCAGCCUCUUGGCCCUUGCACUUGCAAAUAAGUUUUUCCAAGAUCCUCUCGUUGGUGUCCCUCCCGCUAUUUCGGUACAGACCCAAUAUGUACAGGACGCGUAUCGGUUGUGGUAAUGGCACUAAUGGGUUUCUCUCUUGUCAUGGUUUGGGCUAAAAGCAAAAGCACCGAUGAUAAUUAGUUUUAAGGCUUGCAAUGGUUGGUGUACAUACAUUUUACAUUGCCAUGAUAAUGGCCAUCAUCCCACUAAAUUAGUUAAUUCUAAUAUACGGACAUAUUUAGAAAAAAGGAUGGAGGCCUGAAUUACAAGACCAAACUAAAAUGUGAAAACCAAUGUGACUUGCUACGGUGGUAAAUAAUAAACCAAGCUAAGUCACCAGAUUGUAUGAUACCAAAUGGUUUAAAAUCAUAUUAACUUUGGCGCAAAUAGGGCGAAAUUGAUGACCAAUUUGCUUGGUUGUUGGAUAAUGAAGGAAAGUUUGUUAGAAUGAAAUUCAAUCAUAA